GCCACAUCCUCCGCUGACAUCAGCCUGCGCCGCCAUAUUGCACCCGAAGCCGCCUCCGCCAGCUCGGCCCCUGCUGCCUCCGCCUCCGCGGCCCAGCCCCGCUCCCCAUGACCGCCCCCGGCCGGCCGCAGCCGCGGUGCGGGUAGGGCCGAGCGGGAGCGGCUCCCGCGCCUUCGUCUCCGCGCUCCCGAGUUGUCGCCGAGCCGCCCCCCCCUUCCUCCCCCCAAGCCCCCGGCCCGGCCUCUGCCCUCCCGCCGCCCGCAGCCAUGACGUCCCUCACGCAGCGCAGCUCGGGCCUGGUGCAGCGCCGUACCGAGGCGUCCCGCAGCGCCGCCGCCGACAAGGAGAGGGGGGCCGGGGGCGGCUCUGAGGAUGAAGGCCGCCGGGAAGAGCCGGGAGACGACGAGAAGGGGGACUCCAAGGAAACGAGGCUCACCCUGAUGGAGGAGGUGCUGCUCCUGGGCCUCAAGGACCGCGAGGGUUACACAUCCUUCUGGAAUGAUUGCAUCUCCUCAGGAUUGCGUGGCUGCAUGUUAAUUGAACUUGCAUUGCGUGGACGUCUUCAGCUAGAGGCUUGUGGAAUGAGGCGCAAAAGUCUGUUGACCAGAAAAGUGAUUUGCAAGUCUGAUGCUCCUACAGGGGAUGUUCUGCUUGACGAAGCUCUGAAACACAUAAAAGAGACCCAGCCUCCUGAAACAGUACAAAAUUGGAUUGAACUGCUUAGUGGUGAAACAUGGAACCCAUUAAAGUUGCACUACCAGUUACGAAAUGUCCGCGAACGGUUAGCUAAAAAUCUAGUGGAAAAAGGUGUACUGACAACAGAGAAACAGAACUUCCUUCUUUUUGACAUGACUACGCAUCCUCUCACCAACAACAACAUCAAACAGCGCCUCAUCAAGAAGGUUCAAGAGGCAGUUCUUGACAAAUGGGUGAAUGACCCCCACCGCAUGGACAAGCGCUUGCUGGCACUCGUUUAUUUAGCCCAUGCUUCAGAUGUUCUGGAGAACGCUUUUGCCCCCCUUUUGGAUGAGCAGUAUGAUUUAGCCACAAAGAGAGUGCGGCAGCUUCUGGAUUUAGACCCUGAGGUUGAAUGUAUGAAAGCCAACACAAAUGAGGUUCUGUGGGCUGUUGUAGCAGCUUUCACAAAAUAACUGCAAUCAGACUGAAGUGUUCUCUUUUCUUUCAUGUAAACCAGUUGUUUCUCUUCUAUUGACUAUUCAUAUUUUCUGUAAUUUGUACCUUCUCACAUGAUGAAUCAGCUCUUGUUUAAUGGGGAUUAUAAGUGGUGUAUUCCUUCCUUCUCUGUGCAUCUCUAUAAAGGAUUCUGCUGGUACAAGAGACCUUCCUGUUAAAAACAACAACAGAAAAAGGUUUUACUGCCAUAUUGGCAUUUCAUUUCCUGUUAAGUAGGAGUUAUCUGAAGUAUUUUGGUUACUCCAUUUUUCAUUUUAUUGUUACUGAAGUGGUUUAACAUGGAAAGCACCUCGAGGAAAUGUGCAUGCAAUUGGAUCACUAGUCUCAGCUGACACAGAUGUGUGCAUGCAUCAGUACUUCUGCAGUACGAUUCAUAACAGAUCAAAAAGGGCCUUUUUAAAUCACCAAAGCUCUAUGUUGAAGUGUCUGUCAGGGCAUUUUAUACGCAGACCUUUUUUUCAAUUAUGUCUAACAAAAUUACUUUAAAAGCAGAAAUUCCAUUAAGCGGCUUCGUCAGUAGUUCCUGUGAAGAUGCCCUAUAAAAUUUUACUUUUCACGUAAGUCUCUCGUGUACUUAUACUUUCAUUAGAAUGAUAGGUGAGUCGCAAGGCUAGUGUAGAAAGGUCCAGUUAUUUCAUAAACCAGUUCUGGGAUGGAAUACAUUCCGUUAUAUUGUAUAUAUAGUUCAAGUUGUAUAUUAACAACUGCCCCAUCUUAGUAUUUUGCAAGAUCUAUUUAGUUGUACGCCUGGUGCCCCUUACUUGCUGUCAGUUGUUGCCAUCUGUUGGAAAGAAAGGCCUCUCAGAAAGAGCAUGUAUGUGAAAGCUUUUUGUUUCCAGUGUCUACAGAGUUUGCCAUCCAGAUAUUCUCAGUCUAUACAUUGCCUUUGAUAAUUAGUGUACAGAAGGAGACCACUUUCUGCCAUUGUUAGGUGUUUGUUUUUCUUUCCCCUCCUGUAUGGAAGAGGCUUGUGACCAGUACAGUUCUUGAGUGCAGUUUUUGAUUCUGUUUGUAUGCAAGUUAAUGUUUGUCUAAAUGUCAUAAUCUGUUUUACACUUUAAAGUGAAGUCAGCCCUAGCAGGUGUUGCAUGUAAGUGGUUUGCAAGUAAUGACUGCAGUUUGGAUGAUUAAGAUUUCUGUAAUGGGACACUCAUUUUAAUUUUUGUAUACAAUUAUGCUGAUUAGCACACUAUUGUGGGGGGGGGGAAAAACAACAACAAGUAUAUACAACUUCGGCUUUUUAAAAUUUAUUGCCUCUUUACCACUCCUUGUUACAUCUCCCACUGGUUUCACAGUGUAAAUAUUAUGCAUUGAACAAAUAAGCAUUGAUUUAUAUAUAUAUUUUUUCCUCAUAACGCAGAUUUAUAGCGGGGCUUACAGGUGUUUAGAAACGUUAUUGGUUAAUAUUCAGAGCAAGAAUACUAGAUGGUGUAUAACUGUAGAGUUGAAAUUUAAGGGAUCUCUUAAUCUGUAUACUAGCUUUUUACCUACAGUAAAUAAACUAUGAUCUUGAAAGUGCCUGAAACAGAGCAAGCAUGUCAUUUUUAUUUUCUGUUGCUAAUUAGAAAGGUUUUACUGCUUAACUGAAAGCUUUAGUUAAUAUCCUUCUUAUUAGAAAGGGUGAGUCUAUAUUGCGUAGAUCAAACUGACCUGAUCAGUGGUGUUGCUCAGAGCUGCAGCGUUCAUGACUGAGACAGGCAGAGUUAGCUUGUGAGCGUGCAGCUGUGCCUGCCCAGGUAGUCCUCUUCUGUCGUGAGCACAACUCUACAGCUUCAUCUGUGACUGGACUUCCAAUUUUGCACUUCAUUUCAAAUCAUUUAGAUGCUUACGUAGCCUAGUUUAAAAUACAAAUUAAAUUCAUCAUUACUACAUUUUUUUAAUAAAGAUUUUAAAAACAUGGUCCUUAACAUCUAACACCACUCUGUUCAUUCAGUACUUAAAUGCUGUUUCUUUAGGGGGGAAAAAAUGAAAUUACAAGGAUAUUGUAAAGUAUUUCAAACUCUGGUUUACAAAUAAAAAGACAAACAGUGUUUUCUCAGUUGUAAGAUGCUGUUUAAAACUUUGAGGAGCUUGGGCAUGAACUUGCAGCUUAGAUAAUUAUUUUAAACAUUUUCCAAGCCUUGAUUGUUUACAAGUGGAGGAAAAAUGAAGAUUACUGUGUUGCUCUUAUAUUUGACAGCUUACAGAAUACUUUCUGUGCUUGGUAGUAUUUGCUAUUCCACUGCUUUCAUUGUGUCCCUGGUGAUGUCUUCUUGUAUUUUGGAGCUCUUUGAGAGGAGAGAAUAAAUUAGUUGCAAAAGUCAGAAAAACAGUUGAGCACUCAGAAGCAGGUUGAGUGCACACAACUUCUAAAACAGCUUUAAAAAGCUGUAACAAAACGUUUUGGUCUGACGACAUCCUUCAUAAUUCGCUUUCUGCCCUCUCAUCUUUCAUCUUCGUUCUGUGCUUGUUAUGUUUCUGCCAUGUUUCAUGUUAGGAUGCCCCACAUUCAGGGCUUUUGUCUGCUUUUGAGCCAGCAUGUCUAGAUAUGUCACUUCUCUUUAACCGCCUCUGGAGAGAGGUCGUGUCCCCUCCCCAUACACACACGCGUGCAGAUGUGGACUCCCUACAGUACUUAGCUCCUUGCUUUUCCUUCAAGGUAGAACCUGUGUGAUAAGGGAACUUGUCACAGAGAGCUGUUGGAUAGGUCUGGUAUCAGUACUGAGUGGUUUGUGAUGAGCGACAGAAUCUUCUGCUAGGUUGCCUGAUAUGAAGCUGGGUACAUAGGGGAAAUAGAAGAGCUUUGGAGUCUUCAAGUCCAAGUGCCACCAAACCUUAAGGCUAACAAUGGCGGUAAGUUCAGUAGGUUAAUAGGGACUGAUUUGGCAAACAGCCUUGCCUUCAUUACUAUAUCACGUUCUAAUAAAAUGGUUCAAUGUGGAGACUGCUUUGUUCUGCUGAGAUCCAGGUACCCUUCUUCCUGUUUGCAGCUGCAGCUCACAAGUUUGGUUUUAAGGGAGUUUUGGCUGCUUGGGUUCCAGCUCUCACUGGCUGCUUGAAGUGAAGGCUGCUAGCUGUACGCUGAAGAUCUUGAACCUCAAGGGGAAAGAUGUUAUUCAGGGACUCAUUCUUUUAAAACACACUUCCAUGUUAAUGUCAAAACCCGGAUUUUGAAGGAUAAAUUCACGAGUGAUGUAUACAUAUGCAAUUAAUUUCACAGUCCUUGAGAUUGACCUCCUCUAUGUUUCUAGAGAUGACUACAGUGCUCCUAUAUGGGGUUUUAGUGAAAACUCAUGCAUGAUGCUUUCAAGGUACAAGUUGCAUAAUUUGGCUAUAACAGACUGUUGACUGAGUGCUUGUGUUCAUGCCCAUUUCUCCUACGAAGUGAAGAUAUGUAUUAACUGAUGUGUUCUCUGUGAACUGAAUCUGUACUCAAUCAAAAUAAAGCACCCUUUCAAGCUA